GCCUACUUCCAUAACGCCGGCAUGCACGACUGCCCCCGACCGUGCUUUCCCCAAGAGGAGGAGUGUGUGAAGUUCAGCUCCGCAUACCCAGGCAUGGCCAAAGUUGCCUGGGCCCGCGAUGUGGGCAUGGUGCUGGCCCUAGGUGUAAAGCAUCUUUACUGCGUGAACCAAAGGCUUGAAAGCAGCACGUCCUCAGCACAAACAGUACUUCCAGUUUUUGUCGUGCUUGGUGUCAUGACAGAACGGCUGCGCCGCCAUGCUGCCAGGUUCCACUCAAAGAGGCAGCGGAAGCAUGUGGUGCGGAAAUAUUUCAAAGCCCUGCGCAGCUUUGACACAGCUGCUGCGCAGCAGCAUGCCGCCCAUGUGGCUGGUUGGCUAGCCUAUGGUCCCGAAGACUAUUCUCCGAAUGAGGCCGAGCUUCGGCUGCUGAGCAAGUUUCUGGACAGGCUCGGAACUGGCGUCCUUCCUGCGCGCUUGCAGCAGGUGCUCCCCGAUGUGCUGAGAGUGUUGCAGUCGCCUGGAGUUUCGCGAGCCGAGGAAACAUGGGCGCAGGCUGCGGAUGCUCUGACGAGAAAGCUUCGGAAGUUCCGGUGCUGUCGGCAGGGACCAGCAGAUGGCCGUCGACCUGUGAAUGAAAUCCGAAGUUCAGCUGAGAAAUCCACAGUUCAGCCUAUGGACCAAGAUGUUUCCAAAGGGGACCAGCAGCCUGCCGCCAGAGGCACACAGCCCACUCAGGCACUUUUGCCGGCCCCGUGUGGCUUGCAGCAGCUUUUCCGGAAGAAGGCUGAGUGGACGAACAUGCACAGCACGGAGCGGGCUGAGUGCUUGCUCCGCGCAGAGGCUGUGGUCUUUUCCGAGCAAGACAUUGUUCAGGGAAGGCUGUCCGAGGUCUUGCACCAGGUGGCCGCUGCCUUGGCCCCUCCUCGCAAGGCCACAUGGCAACUUGACCUCCAAGACAACGAGUUAGAGCAGGAUCUGCAAGAGACAUGCCUUGAUAUGUCUGCCUCUUGUGGUGGGCUGCAGCGCCGUGCUCGGAAAUUGCUGCUUAAGGUCUUGCGUGCUUGGCGCACAAGCCAGUUUGAUUGCGGUUGCAUCCGUCACCUCCUGGAGCACGUGAAAAGGCAGAUCGGAUGCUUCGAGGAGAAGUCAAGCCAGCUCUACUUCGCAGCAGCUGCCACCACCUGGCUAGCCAUCCAAAGAGAAGUCGAGCUUUUGCUCGAAAGUGUCGAUGAGUCCGACGGGCUGCCAGUUCGUCAAAGGCAGCCGAGGCGCAGCGAGUCUAAUUGGGUCGGCAACGGUGUGAAGAAGACUGCGAUGCUGACAGCAAUGCAGGAACUCGGUGGAAGGGCAACGUACAAAGAAUUGUUGGAACAUGUGCGGAGGAACCCGCAUGUGUUCGGAAAUGCAGAUCAAGGCACCAUCGAGCGAAGCUUGAGAAGCUUUCGUGCACCGGCAUACUUCGAAGUGCGAGGCAAGGAGAACGGAGAAGACAUUUUCGGCCUGGCCGACCCUUGCCCCAAAGGCGUCCGACGACAGACACGCGGCUUCACUGCGCGGAUGAACGUGGGUGUCUCAUGCUGCGUAGGUGCGUAUGUUGUCAGCUCAAAGCACAGGCAUCAAGUUUGUGUCGCUGACAAGGAAAAGGCGAAGCAUCCGGAGUGGUAUCCUGAGUUGUCCUCUCACUCGUCGGACAAGCAGAUUGCCAGAGCGCUGUACAUGUGCCAACUGCAGACAACAGAAAGCAUGUCACAGCGGGCCUUGGCGUGUGCUGGGGAGGCCGCGCGGAGAGACAUUCCAUUUGCCUCGGUUGCUGUCUCCGCAAUGCAGGAUGACGAGGUGGAAGGGUGUCCAAGUGGCGGAGUCCGAAAGCUGGAUGAAGGGGGCACAACAGGCCGCAACAGAACCACCAACCACAGAGGCACCCACGAUGCCACCAACGGAGCCGCCAACGACGCAAGCGCCCAUCACAACACCUGUGCCCACUCUGCCCCCAACCACAUGGGCACCCACGCCUGCACCGACCACACAGGCACCAACCACACAGGCACCGACGCCUCCACCGACCACCACACCAGCACCAACCACGACAGUGGCAGUGACAUACGCACCCACGCCUGCUCCAACUACGACCACGGAGUCGGGGAAGCAGACACAAAGAACUUGCUUCACAAUCGGGAGCGGACGUGCAUCGAGCUUUGGGUGCCGUUGUCGCUUUGCCACUGCCCGCCGGCCAGUGCUUCACCGAUUGAGGACAUGGGUCCAGACUACAUCGGGGGCAGCAUGACCUGUGACGCUGCCAGCUAUAUGAAGAGGAACGAUGCAGAUGUCCCUGUCUUUGGGACCGUGCCGAAAUUCGCCAGCGUGCGCCUCUCAGUAAUAUAG